GAACAGAAUGUACGAAGAUGAGUAUGGUAGUAAAGAAAAGGAGAUGGAGGUUUUUAGGACACGUUCUUAGGAUGCCCAGAGAGCAUCACUGUGCCACAGCACUCACCUGGACACCUACAGGCAAAAGGAAAGUCGGCCGCCCCAAAACAACCUGGCGCCGCACUGUGGAGAAAGAGAGGGCAAUGGCGGGCUGGAAGUCCUGGGAAAAAGUGAAAGCUCUGGCUAAGGACGGGAGCAAGUGGAAGAAGAGUAGUGCAGCCUUAAGCACAAUGGAUCGCGAAGAAGAUAGGUAUUUUUCCAUGCAAGCAAGUGUCCCUCUUGGUGUGGAUGAUGUCACAAGGAUUGAGAUAGAGAAUAGUAUUUGUCGUGAAGGUGGACCUCUACCUGAAUGCUUCACUUAUCCCAUGGAACAUGUCCUUUGUCUUCUUGAGGAGGUGUUUUUUCCAAGUUUCCUAAAAAGUCAAGUGUACUCCAGGUAUCUUACAGAGCUGUUUAAUUCCAUUAGAGACAAUCCUUCUUCCCAAGUGCUCUCAGCCUCUGUUAGCAGUGAAGAUGAUAUUCAGGGACUGGAUGCUCAGAGUGAGGAAAAUAGUCAUCUGGUAAAAUCUACAUUUGGCUCUGAUGUUGAUCUUAAGGAACACCCAGAUGCCCUUUGGCAAAGACCUAACCCUGGGUAAGUUCACGGUGUAGGUAAAGUUAGUUGUAAGACAUUUGGGCCCAGGGAGCCAGUACUAUCUGUAUGCAUGCAUCAUUUUUGUGGCAAGUUUCUGUCUUUUAGCAGUGGAAAAAUGGGUCCUAUAUUCAUUGUGGUCUUGUUGUUUCUUAUGUUAUGCAGGAGGCAGUCCAAAUUCACACAGACCUUAAGUUUCCCACUUAAUAACAAACUAAUGAUUGUACCUACAAUCGAGAACAAAAGUCCCUGGAACACUUACGUGAUUUAACAAAUUAUCUAUUUUUUAGUUUUAAAAACACAUUGCUGUUCCCCCUCCCCACCCAAUACAAUGUUAAAACUCAGGAGAAAUUGCAAGUACUAGUCUUGAGGGGUGUGGUAGAGGUUAGGCAGGUGAAGUUGGACUCGCGUCUGGCAUGUGCGCAAAAGCGCCAAAAGAUCAAAUUUAUCCCAAGACUUUUGUCUAUGACUGUAGUUACAACACGUAAUGCAUAUUUUAAUGUUGCUGUUAUUGGUGAUGCUUAAAAGAAAAUUGGGUGGUAUGCUAAUAAUUACUGUUCUAGAUUUUUAAAACAUGGAUGCAAAUUAGUAUGGUUGGCCAUUCGUUUCAAAAUUACUAUACGCGGGUUUUUCUGCCGCGUAUAAUUGUUUACAUACGUUACGUAUGGGCUUCAAGCCCAUGUAUACGACCAUUUAGAUCGCUUAUAUACACAUUUUUAAUGGGCCACAUAUUUGCGUAAAUUAAAGCGCGGCGAUAUGCGAAAUAAAUAC